AUGACCGCCUUCAUCUCACCCUGGGGACUGUAUGAGUGGGUGAGGAUCCCCUUCGGCCUCAGUAACGCGCCUGCUGCCUUCCAGCGCAGUAUGGAGGAGAUGCUCAACACCCUGCGUGAUGACUGUUGUAUUCCAUACCUCGAUGAUAUCCUUUGCUACUCAAAAGAUUUUGCUGAACAUGUCGAGGCGCUGCGCAAAGUCCUGAGAGCUCUUCAACAACACAGAGUCAAGCUCCGCCCAACAAAAUGUGAGUUGUUUAAGGCAGAGGUCAGAUAUGUGGGUAGGCUGGUCUCCGCAGAUGGAGUUCGAGUCGAUCCAAAGGACAUUGAAGCGGUCAAGUCACUCAGCCAAAAGAAACCAACUACUGUGGAUUACUAUUACUGCUACGGCAACCCCACAGCUUGGGGCCCGUAA